AUGGCUUCCAAGUCCAGAAGCACAACUUCAGCUUGCCACCACAACUUUGCAGCAGCAACUACAUCCUCUAUCUUCCCAAAUACCAAGUUUACAAACCAUGAGUCUCUCCCAUCUUUGCAAGAAUCAUUCGUUGAAUUCAGAAAAGCUUACCCUCAGUAUUCUGAUACCUAUCAAGCUGAUCAAAUAAAAGCCCAAGAAUACUACCAUCUCUCCCUUUCCAACCACACCUAUCUUGAUUACAUUGGCAUAGGCCUUUUCUCCUAUUCUCAGCUGACAAAUCAUGACCCUUCAAGAAAAUAAAUUGCCUUAUCUUCUUCUUCUUCCUCUCCCCCACCACCACCACCAUCGCCUCCUCAAAAAUCAGAUUUCCCCUUCUUUAGUAUAUCCUACAAGACAGGGAAUCUAAAGAUUUUGCUACUUCAUGGUGGGCAAGAAUCAGAAUUUGAAUCUGUAGUGAAGAAAAGGAUCAUGGGGUUCCUUAAUAUCUCCGAAAACGACUACAGCAUGGUUUUCACAGCAAAUAGAAUCUCAGCUUUUAAACUUUUAUCAGAAGCUUACCCGUUCCAAUCUAGUAGGAAGCUUCUAACAGUUUAUGACUAUCAGAGUGAGGCAGUGGAAGCAAUGACAAGUAGCUCAGAGAAGAGAGGAGCACAAAUCACGUCAGCUGAAUUUUCAUGGCCAAGACUAUAA